CCCCGAGGGGGUGGGGUAUUGGGAAAUAUUUGCUAUGUCGAUGAUAAGACCGUGGCAGUCUGGGUACGAUGUUUUUGCGACAAUUGAUUUUCAAUUAUACAACAUACAAAAUUUCUUAGAUUGAGAAACCGCUGUCUCGAUGUAAAGACUUUCAAAAUGGCCGCUCUCUCGUGUAGGUUAUUUAACAACUCGUGUUUUCUUCUACGUCCGAUGCAAAGGCGCCUUGUCACAAAGUUAGCCACAGAUCAAGAUGCCAAAAAGGAAAAGAAAAGGAAGAAAAUGGAGACUAGGAAAGAAAUAAUCAAAGAUAUUUCUAAAGGCUACUUUGCUGAUCUUCAUGAAUUUCGUCGAAGCGGUGGUAAAAGGUUCUUUGCAUUCGAAAAACCUAGUGAACCUAAGGAUUCAUCAGCUUUUCCCAAGAUCAAAGCAAGGACAUUAUCACAAAAGGAAGUUGAUUUACAACAAGCAUUUGUUGGCCAUGUUACUCUUGUGCUGUUAUGGAUUAAAGCAUUUGGAGAGACAAUGUGUGACAAGUAUAGACUUCCAUUCAUGGAACACUUUCAAGAAGAACCUCUUGCACAACAUUAUGAGAUAAGUGUUGUUGAUGGGUUCUUCUUCAAAGCAUUCAGCAGACUCAUUGAAAGUAAUCUGAGAAAACGAAAGGCUGUAGACAGACAUGACAACUAUCUCUUCUUUACUGGAAACCUGAAACCAAUCAGGGAAAAAUUCUUGGAGAAUGAAAUUGUGGGUCAUGCAUUUCUCAUAGACAGUAAUGGAUUAGUGAGAUGGAAGGCACAUGCCAACCCCACAGAAGAGGAAAUCAGAUACAUGCUGGAUUGUUCAAAAUUGCUUCUGAAAGAGACACAAAGAACUCUUAAGCGUAAUAACAAAGUUGUAUCAAACAUCAGAUGAUAAAGAUGACAGAUCUUUUUAUAAGCUGUAGUUCUUUUCAAUGUUAUUAAUACCAGCUGAUGGUCACCAUUUGCCUAAAUUAAUUUGAGGUUCAAUAAAAGGAGUUACUUAUUAUACCAUUUGCAUGUCUCUGAUGCAUGUAGAUGACAAAUUAGGUCGGAAACCAGUUGCAUAACUCAGAUUAAGAUACAUAGGUUUUUUCAACUUCAAUCAAUAUAUUUGGCCAACCUUUCUUUGCAUCACAUGUCAAAUGGGUAGUUGAGUAUGGGAAAUGAGAGAGAAGAUGGUCUCACAAAAUGUCUGGGCACAAACAGGGCCUGUCAUCAAUCUGUCCCCCCCUGCCCUUUUUGAGCAUUUACAGCCAGCCCCACCCCCACCCCCCACCCC